AUGCCCUUCAAUGUCAAGAAGAAUGCCUUUGGCAGGGCCAUCUUCGGCGUUAGUGUAGGCGGGUACAGGAAACAAAAGUCAGAUUCUGUGCCACUCAAGAAUGCUAGUAACAACAGCAGCGGCAAUAGCAGCAGUAGUAGCAGCAGUGGCACUAGCAACCAAAAUAACAACAAUACUCCCACUGCUCGAAUGCUAGUAUCCAGCAAGUUAGAGCUGAAGCGUUAUGACAUUCUGCCUACUCGAAAGAGCAGCGAGAGUGACGCAACUCUGUUGAAAGAACUCGGUAAGCUCCACGACGACAGGCUUUUGCCUAACAUGGAUGCUGCUUUGCAGCACUCAUUGCUGUACAGUGAAAGCAGCAACCAAACAACGGGUCUAGACACUUCCAACAGAGAGUUCAAUGGUCAAGACAAUGCCAACUUUGUUGGCUUUGGUGUUGACUCAGACAUAGGGGAUGCAGCUGCCAAGGUGGGUGCCUCUCCGCAAAAGGGACCAGUAAAAGACACGCUCCCUAUAGCCACAACCGCUCCAUCCUUUGCUACUACUGGAAAUGAUCACGGCAGGGGCUCCUGGGUGAUGCCCACCACUACUACGAUGGAGGAUGAUCUACUCAGCUGCGCCUUUGAUGAAAUUAUUACCAGGCGAGGCGAAGAAAACUUGACAACCACGCUACAACAACGGCGGCAGCAAGAACAACAACAACAACAACAACAAUAUCAAACUCGGUCCAAUGCUCCUUCUCCAGUUCCUCCAUCUCCACGAGAUUCUCCCUUGAGACCGAGAAAAGCUGAUCCACCUGGAUCAACCAAGGCUCCCUUUUCUAGAGACCCACCGGCCUCAUUUGCCAACAAACUAUUGAGUCCACCCGGCCAAAAAGAUCCUUCCGGUGAUGCUCCCUCCUCCUUUUGGCCGUCAAGAAGAGUCAUUCCUAUUGUCGAGGUCACUGCUCCAGUAUCAAUCAAGAGAAGAGAUGUUGUUGUCAACAACAAUGUUCCCACUCCAAGCAGAAGAGAUGUCAACAACAAUGUUUCCACUCCUAGCAGAAGAGACACCCCAACCCGCCUUGGGGCAAAGACAGCACGGGUCAGUCCACAGACUGUCCCAACGAAUGCGGAUGCCAGCCCCACUAGGUUCCCAACUGUCAAUAGGCGACUCAGUGAUCCUGAGCUAUUCUUUGCGUCUGGUGGACGUGGACUGGCUCCUCCGUCACCGCACAAGUUGCAUCUUCAUCACCAAACAGAAAGACGCCUAUCCGAUAACCACGAGAUUCGACAAUACAUGAGGAAAACCAGUGAUGUUGAAAACCAAGAGUUUUCCAACCCCUUUGCGCCUCCUACUAGUACAACAGCUGCACGAGCGAACAACAACAGCCCGUUUCCGGCCAUGCCGAGUCAAGUGGCCGUCCUACAGCAAAGACACGUCGAACGACAUCUGGCAGAAAACCAAGCUCGAGUGCUGGAUCCCACUUUUUCUUCGACUGGCAGACGACACAGUCACGGCAAUGUCGAAAAGCCAGAUGAAACCACCAGCAAUGAUAAUGUGAAGCCCAAAGGAGCAAUACCCACCAAUGCAAGUGAGCGCCGCCUUAGUCGACAUGUCUGGCGUCAAAAUCAACUUUUGGAGCCUCCUUCAAACCCCUUGAUGAAUCUGGCAAAUGUGUCGCUGCCAACUCCUACUUCUUCAAAGGCGAGACCUACUAAUGAGCCGAAACAUGUCUACAAUUUCGAUCAGCUUGUAUCCUUGCCUACUCCAAACGUCAGGCCAACGGAGCCAACCCAGAAGACAGGCAUGCACGAGCUUGACCAGCGGGCGGAACAGAGAGUCAGUAGUGUGGGCAAUCUAUCACCCACUCCCACUGCUGCUAGGGUCAGGCCUGUAGAGCCCCAAGAGACGACAGCAGUGCGCAAUUUUGAUCAGCUGGUGGAACGACGAGCUAGUGGGAGUGGCCAUUCCCGGUUUGGAGAGUUUGCUUCAGAAAACUUUACCCAAUCACAACAGCAGCCUGAUAACCGACUGUUCCAUUCGAGACUUGCUUUCGAACUGCGAAGGCCGCUCUCAUCCAGGGCUAUGAAUACAGGCAAUGAUAGUGAACUCCCCGAGUCUUCUCAGCAGCUCACAACAAGAACACGACGUCAUAGCGAAGAUUUCGCUGCAAUCAAGGGACAAAACAGCAAUGCUAAAGGAAUGCCACCAUUAGGGAAGGGAUUGUCAGAACAGCAAGGAGCUGCAGGGAAAACCACAAGUGACGGCGGGGCAAUGGAUGCACCUCACCAGGGCAUCUCACCCACUGAGGUUCGUCAGUUGGAUAGUGGUAGUGUUGACAUCUUUGGCUUGAUGGCGCCAAUGGAUACGAUCGACAACUCCUCUCCAAACGACGAAUCGGGUCUUGUUUCGGCUGCGGCAUCGAUGAGACCGCCACUCGCAGAUUCCCAACGAGUCCUCAACAUUGACGAUCCUAAUCAAUGCACGUAUUGGGUCACAACAGCAGAUGGGCAAUGCCAACACUUGGAAAUUGACUGUGAAAGUGCCUCUCAAAACAAGGCUUCCAGAAAGUCGUUUGGGCGAAAAGAUGACGGCCGGUUGACGAUCGCUUCCCUUUGGAGCGAUGUCAGCCAACAUGCCAAGGGUUACAGUAAGAAGGGCGAAAAGGGCUGCUUGACUCCCACCGGCAAAAAGAAUGGCAAAGUACGAAAGAUUACGUCGUCCUUGUCGUUUCGGGCAAGUUCGACAAAGGCACGUAUACGCCGAAAUUUCUCCUUCAGUAGCGUGAUUUAA